GCUGGUAACUCUUGGUACACAAGACGUUAAAAUCGACUGACAUAUCAUAGCAAAAAAUUUCGAGUUUUUAGAUCGAAGCGAUCAAAGUAAGCCAAUGGAAUAUUUGAAUUUUAUGCGUUGUGAUGCAAGUAAAGCAGCAAGAAAUAAUUUGUGAAUCCUGAAGGAAGAAUCAUUUUUUAACUAUUAAUUCAGUAAUCAAUUAAUUCAGUGUUAAAAUCGGUGUGCGAAUUCAUUCAUUUUUUGACGUUGUUGAUAUAAACAAAAAGCAAACUCGAAAAGGACUACAUGAGCCAUGUCACCACGAAAAAAACAGAAAUAUGAUAUGAUUUCUUGGACAAAAAUGGAGACGUCCCAAUUAAUAGCCUCGAUCAAGGCCCAGUUGAAGAAACACGAUCCAUUGCCGUAUAGCAGACGGAUAAGCGUUCUGAAUUGGAAUGAGAUAAGCAUUCCACAUAAAUCAAUUAAAGAAUGCAAAGGCCAUUUGGACGUGUUGAUUAAGAAGAUUCAUCGCACAAGAACCCUUGCAGAAAUUUUAUCCGAGGUCAAUGUUGAACCGGUUGACGUUAUCUGUGGGCAAAACGGCGGCGAUAUGACGAAAAGUGACAUUGUCCCUAAUUCGAUCAAUAACAACGAAAAUUCGUCGGUGAUACGCUGCUGUAGCAGAAGGUCUAAGCGGUUGUCCGAAAAUGAGAGACGCGGUUCAGAGGAGUACUCUCUUCAAGGCCGGUCGCAUUUGGAUCCGUUUGCAAUGUUUGCAAAACACAACUGCGCCAAGCUCACCAACAAGAAGUCAUUGAAAGAGCGAUACGAUCAGCUAGAUGACGGUGAAAAGUUAAUUUGGAUCAGAAAGGCAGCUGCUGCUUCUAAGGAUGAGAAAGUUAAAAACAUUUUAACGGACGACGAAUACGUUCUGCUGCAAAAGGAUUGCCAAGUCAAGGGUGAAUCAGUGAAUCCAUCUAAGAACCAUAAACGUAAAUUGGUUGACAACGAUGAUGAUGCAAACCUUUCUUCGAAGGAAAAAGUACGAAAACUUGAAGAAACCUCUGUCGACUGUCAGACCGAUGAAAUGAUAGAAGAAAAGGAACAGAUUGAUACAGAGGCUACCACGCAAGAAGUAAUGGUUGUAAAUGAGAGCAUUCACUGUGCGAAUGUGGUUGAUCAACUAUGCAGUAGCAGUGCUGCAGAUAUUGAAAUGGAGGGAAACGGCACCGAAAUCAGUUCUUUGGAUGAUAACGCUGGUGAUGAGGCAGAUGAACCGACUGCAAAUGCAAAUGAGAACCACUCAUUGGCCAAACUGAGCUUGGUUGCAGGAGCCAUCGAACCAGAAGAAGAGAUGGGAAUUGGAUCCUCUCAGGGACUACUCAAUGUUCCGAGCAGCACAAGCGGCACCAUGACAAUAACAGGACAUUCUGAGACCUUGAUCAAAUCAGAAGAUGGGUCUAAAAUCGAAGAAGUUGAAGAAUUUAAAAACGAGGAGGAACAUAUCGAGUCAAAUGGUGAAAUCCAACAUCUUACUCGGCAUGUUUUGUCAGCUAAGCCACCUGUGUUCUCUCGUAUAAGAACCAUUUGUGCUGGUUUGUUUGGCCGGUUCGGAAUCUGGACGAUAAAAAAGGAAUGAGGAUUUGGCCGUUGUAUAUCUGACUUCUAAUAGAUUCAGAAGUAAUCAGCACCAGAAGCGUUUUAUUGAUUCAGUUGAAUAUUUCAUAAUUUAUAUCUUUUUAACAUCAUCAAAUUUCUUUUAACAAAAAACUAUUUUCUUUUAACAUUUUAAUCAGAAAAAUAUGUGUUUGCUGGAGAUGUGUCUGAUUGAAUUA